UGGCUCGGCUGCGGGGCGCCCGGGGGGCCGCCGACAGGAUGCCCGACGGGCCUGAGCCGGAGCCCGAGAGGGAGCAGGAGCCGGUGCGCGACGUCGGGUCCGAAGUGCCCCAGGGCAGCCAGGAGCUGGAGCUAGUGGAGAGCCUGCUGAAGAGCAGGCCAGAGGAGCCUGAGGGCUGCUGGGAGGCUCGCAGCGUGGGGGCCGGAGGCCCACGGGGCAGCUCAGGCCGCCAGGAGCGCAGCCGGCUGCCCUGGGAGGACACGGCCGCCGUCGAGGAGGAAGCAUCCAAGUUGACUGCCCUGCGGCUGCGGCUCGAUGAGUCCCAGAAGGUGCUGCUCAAGGAACGAGAGGAUAAACUGGCCCUGAGCAGGAACAUUGAGAAGCUGGAGGGGGAGCUGAGCCAGUGGAAGAUCAAGUAUGAGGAGCUGAACAAGACCAAGCAGGAGAUGCUCAAGCAGCUCAGCAUCCUGAAGGAGGCCCACCAGGACGAGCUGGGUCGCAUGUCCGAAGACCUGGAGGACGAGCUAGGCGCGCGGUCCAGCAUGGACAGGAAGAUGGCCGAGCUGAGGGGUGAGAUGGAGCGGCUGCAGGCGGAGAACGCAGCCGAGUGGGGUCGCCGUGAGCGGCUGGAGACUGAGAAGCUGGGCCUGGAACGGGAGAACAAGAAGCUGCGCGCACAGGUCGGGGACCUGGAGGAGGCGCUGGCCCGGCGGCGGAGACAGACAGCCAGCGCCCUGGACUGUGACCUGCGGGCCAGCCAGGCUGCGCUUUUCGAGAAGAACAAGGAGCUGGCCGACCUGAAGCAUGUGCAUGGCAAGCUGAAGAAGCAGUUUCAGGAGAAGGUGGCCGAGCUGGCGCACGCCAACCGGCGGGUCGAGCAGCACGAGGCAGAGGUGAAGAAGCUGCGGCUGCGGGUGGAGGAGCUCAAGAAGGAGCUGGCCCAGGCCGAGGACGAGCUGGAUGAGGCCCACAACCAGGCCCGGAAGCUGCAGCGGUCGCUGGACGAGCAGACGGAGCAGAGCGAGAACCUGCAAGUGCAGCUGGAGCAUCUGCAGUCCAGGCUCCGCAGGCAGCAGCAGAACGCCCCCCUCUUCGGGAAGAUCCGAAGUGCUCGCUUUGGCGCGGAAGAGGCUGGGGAUGGAGCCAGCGACCUGGACGAGGACGAGGACCUGCAGAUCCAGGUGGCCUAGAGCUCCCAGGGCUGGACAUGACUGGCCUGUGGCCACAGGCCCCUGGUGCCCUGGCUGACCGGCCACUCGAACUGAUGCAGCUGCCCGUAACCCUGCCAUGGCGGACUUCCUCCUCUCCCAGGGUGGGCGCCGAUGGUCCCACCCCAGCAACACCCCAUGGAAGGGAAGCCAUGGCCUUAUGUAUACGUUUUACAUGUAUAUUUUAUAUAUGUGCGUGGGGUCCUUGGACCCAUUUGGUCUCAUAAACACAGGACCACUCCAAAGCCCGGUCUCGGCACCCCCGUCCACCCAGGACCUUCAUGUAGGGGCGAGGGGGAUGUCAGAGGGGGCUGUGGGGGCCUCGACCCAGGCUGCCGCUCUGAACCUUCGGGGGGUCUGGUGGAGCUGUUUACAGUACAGUGUGAUCAACCCAGUCUUUUGUAAUAAAUGGAGUUUGGGUUCUCGGG